AUCCUGAUGCAUUCCUUUGAAUUUUAACAAUGAUCCCACAAGCUGUCAAAUCUACGUAUAGUUAAUAUGACCCGUGCCGCUGCCUGAGCGUGCUCGAGAAUGGAUCUGUGGGAGGUGGACCAGAUAGUAAAAGAUGCAGCAGCUAGAGGUGACAAGGUUGUCAACCUCAGCCACAGGGGGCUAACAAUCAUGACGGGCGAGAUUGGCAAACUGAAGAACGUCCGCAAGCUGUCCCUCAACAACAACAAGCUGCUGGUGUCUCCGUCGGAGCUGACCAUGCUGCCGAGACUGGAGGAGCUUGUCCUCGACAACAACCAGCUGACAAUGCUGCCUUCAGGCAUCGGCGGCAUAUCAACGCUGCUGUACCUCAGUGUGUGUCACAACCCGCUGGGAGUCCUCCCAGCUGAGAUUGGCUCACUCAGCAGACUGAUGCAACUGUGGCUCGUCGACUGCCAGCUCGAGAGUCUUCCCGCAGAGGUCGGGUUUCUCACCAACUUGAGGAAACUCAGUCUGCGAAACAACCAUCUCUGCGCAUUGCCCAAAGAGUUCGUGAAUCUCACCAACAUCACGUGGCUGUGUCUGGCUAAGAACAAUUUUCGAAAUCUCACGUUAGAUUUGAACAGCUUGAGCAAGCUGACCUACCUGGAUUUGAACCACAAUCAUUUCAGUGAGGUUCCGGGGUCAGUCUUGGACCUGCCGGCGCUGACCAUUCUGUUGAUGAGGGGGAACCAGGUGUGGGAGGUUCCCGAUGAUGUCAUUCUUGAUCUGGCUCGCCUCACCAAAUUUGAUCUCCGUGACAAUCAGAUCAUUGUCAAACCAGAUCACUGGAAGGGUUUGGAGUACAUACUGUUGGGAACUUCCGCACCGAUACGCAGUCCCAGUCCUCCUCCAUUCAUUUCUUCAUCACACAGACUGAUAACUGGUGAUGAACACUUCACUGAUGAUUUCCCAGAAUCACACAGCAGUGACUGAAGCAGAGAUGGAAUUUCCGCAACCCAAGAGCUACCACUGCCCGUUUCUGUUGAGUGGGAACAUCCCAACCAUGCAAUAAUCAUAUUGUGCAUUGAGACAACUCAUCAUUUCCAAAUAGUCAAUUCAAUAUGGUUGACAAUAUGGUUGUCAACAUGUUUGUAACAGAGUUAUUCAUAUAAACUCUCGGCACAUUUUCGCAAGCCAAGGUACCAUUCCCUAUAUUGGCCAUUCCAUGAUAUGUGGUCCAUAGGUGUGAAAAUUUCAAGAUUAUCUUUUAAACUAACUUUUUAUUAUAGCUUAAAGUUAACAGUCUUAAGCAUAUUAAAAAUAUCUUUUUAUUGCCAAUUUACUUAUGUUUUAGGGGUUUUAAUGACAGUUUUAUUUGAAAAGAGAAUUUCCAAACUUAAAAGUUAGGUACGAUGUCAGGACAUCAUAUCUAUAUUAUACUGCAUAUGAAAAUGCUACUUUGCCUUCUUUCAUAUCACAAUCCCCGUCAGUGGCCCCAUUCGGCUAUUUCUCGUUCCAGCCAGUGCUCCACAACUGAUGUAACAAAGGCCGAGGUUUGUACUAUCCUGUCUGUGGGAUGGUGCAGAUAAAAGAUCCCUUGC